UUCGAAAGAAAAAAAUGGGAUGGCAAAGAAAACCGAAGGCAGCCGCUGCACCCCCUUCCCCCGCCACAGCCCCGUUUCCAAGUCAUGCAGAACCAGGCAGAGGCUGUAGGAGGGUUCGCUGGCAAGAAUGGGCCGAAGGAAAUCAAAGCGAAAGCCUCCACCAAAGAAGAAGAUGACUGGGACACUUGAGACCCAGUUUACUUGUCCCUUUUGUAACCAUGAAAAGUCAUGUGAUGUUAAAAUGGACAGGGCUCGGAAUACUGGUGUGAUAUCUUGUACUGUGUGCCUGGAAGAAUUUCAAACCCCUAUAACAUAUCUUUCAGAACCGGUUGAUGUUUACAGUGAUUGGAUAGAUGCAUGUGAGGCAGCCAAUCAAUAACAGCAACUGAAGAAGAACUUGCUGAGGAUAAAAUAUGACUGCGUUGGGUUGAGGGGGUGGGGUUCUGUUACAUAAUACAUUGAAGAUGCAAGGGGAGUGCCCAGGAAAUGGAGGUUCUUGUGCUGUUUUGUCUAUCCAGUAAUCCUGUCCCUUUACAUGAAUAUUGUGGAAUUGUUCCCCUGCAUUUGGAGGACUAAACUAUCAGCAGGAGCUGGUAGGUUGGGAGAGGCCAUCAGUUUUUGAGAACAACCAGGCCUUUGGAUGAUUUCCUCUAGAAGGCUGCUUGGCAACAUGGCUCAUCCAGUGCUGCUCCUCAACUGAUCAUUUCAGUUGAACUUCUGUGGAAGAGGUGUCCACGCAAAUUGUUUUGCCACUGGGUGCUCAGUGGUAGGCCUUGAAGUGUUGUGCUCCUUGUUGCCAUGGUUAAACUGCAGUGCUUGGGAAUACACAGAAUGUAACAAAUAAUUCUCUCUUGGUCCCAUACGUUAUGGUUUUGUUCAUUAUUUGCUGAAGUAUUUGACUUGAGCAUUCAAGUUAUUUUCUUUUCAGUAGACUAUCCGCAAUUAGGUUGGGGGGCAACAUGUCUGUAUUCCUGCCAGAAUUUCUUACAGUCUUUUCUCUGCCAGCCAUUGUUGUUUGUGUCCAUUUGUACACAGGACUUUUCUAACAUCUAAUCUUCCUAGGCAAGGUUAGAAAUAGGCAAGUAUAAUUCCUGCCCUGUAGUUCAGUAUGAGGAAAUGUGACAUUUUUCAGCCUUAACAUGAUGGAAAAAAUGGUUUUAUUGUUUUAAAUGGAGUCUCUAUCCUAUGAGGUAAGUUUUGCUUUCUUUUAAAUUCUUUAUUUUACAGUCAGUUUUGUUGCUAAUGAUGUUAACUGUUAGAGGCUAAGCUUUUUGUAUGACAUGGGGCACGAGAAUUCAAGGAUUCUAUUAUGAUGUACUAAAUGUUCAGAGAAGCAGACUUCCUUCAUUGGUGAGAAAUUGUGCCAUUAUUGAUAAAUAGGCACUGGUAUAAUGUAAAGGUGGUAUUGAAUGGUAUAUUGUAAAAUAUC